GAUGGUAGCGAAAUUAUCGAUAUAGGAUGUUGUUACAUGUUACACAACAGAAAGUUUUAGAAAGUAGCCUUCGGCUUGUUUCGAAGUGUAAUUAUUCGUUUAAAUAGAAUUGAUUUAUUAUAUACGCAUUACGUAUUUUAUUAGUUUUAGAAUGGAUAAUAAAAUACCAAAAUAUCAUGCUUUCGCGGAACCUAUAUUUAAAAGUCCAAUCACCAAUUGGUUUGGAGCUUCAUUGCAUGCUCAAUUCAACGCAACUUGUAAAGAUUUUGAAUUGCACUUAGCUGAAUGUGUGGAAGCAUAUGGAUUUUAUAAAGGACAGGAGAAAUGUGAAGCACUAAUUCGUGAUCUUGAUGAAUGCUUGAAUCGAGAGAAACGGCGGCACAGACAAGAAAUAAUAAACGGAGAAUUCCUUCGUCAGAUAGAUGCUGGAGAAAGAAAAUAUGAAAAAGCUCCAUUUCUUGUUUUCUUUUAGAAUUCAUAUAAUUAGUAUAUAUAUAUAUACAUAUAUAACUUAUAUGUCAAAUAAUAAUUAUAUCAAAUAAAAUAUAUCGUACAUAAUCAGAUUAGUCAUAAGUGUCAAUGAUGACAAAUUAA